CCUAAAGAGUGCGUGCUUCAUGAAGAGAGACCGCACGUGUGUGUGUGUGUGUGUGUGUGUGUGUGUGUGAACGAGAGAGAGAAUUGGCGGUCAGUUUGAUGCAGACCUUCAGACCGGAGAGAUUCGUGGUCAAAUAUAACUGGACGGCCCAAUCAGAGAAGACAAAAACUCACCCAGAUGAGACGAGUUUGGGACAUCGCUUAGUGCUCCAACCAACAUGAAGAUGUGUGUGUGUGUGGGUGUGUGUUGUUACAUACUAGUAACAUGUAUAAGUGAAAAUGUCUUAAAAUACUCAUGUGAGUGUGUGCAGUUGAAAGGUGAAGUAGUGUGAGUGCGAGGGGGGUCUGAUGGUGUUCACCAUGUCUGAGGAGGACGUUACUAACUGCACCAUCAGCCAUGAAAUCCACCAGUACCUCUUCUCCUCCGUGUAUAUAAUUGUACUUUUGGUGGGCAUUCCCUCCAACCUGUACUCUCUGUACCACGCCGCUCUGCAGCUGAAGCAGAAGAAUGAGCUGGGAGUUUAUUUAAUGAACCUUACUGUGUCGGAUCUGUUAUACCUUGCAUCAUUACCCCUGUGGCUACAGUACUUCUUUCAGGAUGAUAACUGGAGUUACAGAGAGUGGUUGUGUCAGCUCUGUGGCUUCCUGCUCUAUGAGAACAUCUACAUCAGCAUUGGUUUCCUGUGCUGUAUCAGCCUGGACCGCUACCUGGCUGUGGUCCACCCUUUAAGGUUCACCUCUCUCCGCUCUAUGAGUGCGGCGUGGCUUGUUAGUGCCAUUAUCUGGCUGAAGGAGAUCGCUGUGGGUGUGGUUUUCUUCCGCCAUAAAGAACUGAGCAAAAACCGCAAGAACCAAUCAGUGUGCUUUGAGCACUACCCCAUGCAGCCUUGGGAGUAUCCAAUCAACUAUUACCGCUUCACUAUCGGCUUCAUUUUUCCACUGGCUAUUUUACUGAUCAGCUACCUGUGUGUCCUUCGGGCCGUGGGCCGGAGCGCUGGGACGCAGCCGGAUCAGAAGACGAGGGUCAGGCAGUUAGUCAGCAGCACCAUCCUCAUCUUCCUCGUCUGCUUCUCCCCCUACCAUGUCUUCCUGUUGGUGCGCACCCUGCUGGAGCGAGACUGCAACUUUAUCGCAGGAAUAUUUAACUACUACCACAUGUCAUUGUUGCUGACCACCCUGAACUGCGUGGCCGACCCCGCGCUCUACUGCUUCGUAAGCGAAAGUGCCCGCCACGGCCUGUACAGAGCUAUACUCCGGCCCGUUGCUCGGAUGCUGUGCUUCUGCUUUCGCCGUGGCAACGCCAGCCCCGCCAACCCAGCAACCGAUUCCCACGAGGUCGCCACCGACGACAACGGCCAGCCGACCGUGAUGCUGCUCACACACACCGGCAACUUAGGAAAUACAGACACGUCCGGCAAAAACACUUUAAUCACACAGACUAAUGAAAAGACUAUCACAACCUUAAUUAUACACAAUAAUAGGCACUCUGAGAAAUGUGUGGACAGGGAUGGAAAGCCCAGCUGUGUGAUUGCCAUGGAAGAGCAGAGCAAAAAGACAGAGAGGACUGACAAGACAAACAAGAACACCAGCAAGAACAAUCAGUAAACCAGGCCAGAGUCCUUGGAGCAAUGGGAUUAGAAGUCAAGACUGCCUGUAAACAGUCAAUUGCAGCGGCCCUAAUGAAGCAAUGCUGCCCACCCAGCUGUGUUUACAUCAUCACCAUCAUCAUCAUCAUCAUCCUCAUCAUCACCAUCGUCAUCAUCAUCAUCCUCAUC